AUAUAUAUAUUUUUUUUUUUCUCUUAUGAAGAUUUAUUUGAUCUCUUGCAAAUUUGUUAGUUGGGAAGAAUUUGGAACGACUGAAUUUCCUACUUUGCCUUGCAUUUCCAGUAUAAGACAGAUCAAUUGAAUUUGGGAAUGCCUGGAAGUGAAAAGGAACCGACUUUUUCCAUUUUUUUUGUAAAAAGUUAACAGUUUUUGGCUUGAUCUAUACAUUUUUAGACUUAUUUUUGUGUCAGUUUUCUGUAUUAAAGCAUCAAUUAUCUAUCUGUUAUAGAUAAAUUGGUUACAAUAUUAAUGGCCUUUUUGCUCUUUUUGGCUUUAUAGUGUCUGAAGCUAAAGAUAGAACCAUUUCUGUUGCCUCUGCUUUUCCUGGUCAUCAAGGAGUUAAUUUUCAAUUUUUCACCUGUCUCUCAGUAUUUUGCUCCUGGGAUUAAUGAUAAGAACUAAUAUCAAAUGGCCUGUUCAUGGUGGUCAGCAGUAGAAUUAUUUGUUGCACCGGACAGAGACCUCAAAUUCCUAAGACAAGCAAUUGAUGAGGCAUAUAAAGGCGUUGAAUGUAAAGAUGGGGGCCCAUUUGGUGCAGUUGUUGUUCGCAAUGAUGAAGUAAUUGUGAGUUGUCACAAUAUGGUUUUGAGAAACACUGACCCUACUGCCCAUGCAGAGGUUACUGCCAUUAGAGAGGCAUGCAAGAAGCUCAAUCAGAUUGAGCUCUCUGACUGUGAAAUAUAUGCUUCCUGUGAGCCCUGUCCAAUGUGCUUUGGUGCCAUCCAUCUGUCAAGAAUCAAGAGGCUGGUUUAUGGAGCCAAAGCCGAAGCAGCCAUAGCGAUUGGGUUUGAUGAUUUCAUUGCCGAUGCCUUGAGAGGUACUGGUUUUUACCAGAAGGCUCACCUGGAGAUCAAGAAAGCUGACGGCACUGGUGCUGACAUUGCUGAACAAGUAUUUGAGAAGACCAAGGAAAUGUUUACCUUGUAUUAACAUCUUCAGUUCGUUACCAGAAUCAGACAGCAGUUUAUGAUAAACUGCCCAUUUAAGUUCUAAAUAAUAACUAUGCAUUGUUUGCCCAUUUAAGUUCUAAAUAAUAACUAUGCAUUGUUUGAUUUCAGAAAUCAUGUGAGAAAUAAAAGCUAUGAUUAAUUUUAAGGUCAGAA